ACAUCCCCCUCAUAUCAGGCUCAGCAGAAGUCAAGAAAGAGGAAGACUCAUGCUCCAGGAAUACAAGUUAAAAAUCCUACAAAAUAAAAUCAAUGCUGCAAGAGAAGUGAGAAUAAAAGAACCUCAGAAGAUUGCUGACAAGCCGUCAUGCUCAGAGGAAGAAGCCUAUCGAUUCUUCUGCCAUAAAUUUGAUGAAUUGGAGAAGAAUGGACCUACCACUGGCACACUUUCACAACAGAGCGGGAAAGAUACUGUCAUCGAUAUUGAGAAUGUGGAUGAGUGUCAUAAUCCUCUUGUUCCUGGUGAUACUGAGACACUGGAUGUAAAUCCAGACCUUUUAUUUGUACCCAGUGAUUUACCAGUAAACCAAAGGAGGAUUAUACCAAGGUAUUUGAAGCCUCGUUUUUUGGAGGACGAAGGGUUUUAUGUCUGUGAGAGGCCCCAAGUGCCGAAGAAGAUGAUAAACAAAAUGGGCCACCGGCUGAUUGAGGAAGAAAAGGGACAGUCCUGGUUUGGAGAGAAUGGUUGCAUGAUUGCUAUUCCGGACCCAAUCCAGAAGUAUUGGCAUUGUAAAGUAGAUUUCCCAUUCUCAUGCCAGUCUCCUUGUCUGGCCACGGUGCACAUGAGGCCUGAUAAACUGCGAAGUGCAGGAUCUGUUGUCUCUAAUGCAGAUGGCAGUGCAGGGCUGUGGCAGCUUGACCUGAACCUAGCCAGGCUGCAUUUCACCCAUCACCCCCUGUUUAGCACAGAGCAUGUGUUGGCUCAGAGACUGUAUGAGCUCUAUGAGCAUUAUGAAACCCGUGAGAUGAAGGGUGCAACUACCUCUCUGCAGGACAAGCUAAGCGGGCUGAAGAAGUCAGAAACAGCCUUGACCACCACUGAUGAAACUGCUCCUUGCUCAAAGUUACAGGAUCUGAGACAGGAAAUACGAAAGACCCAUGUAGCACUGAAGAUUGAGAAGCAGGCAGACAUCUCUCUGGUGAGGAACAUUGUUGCUGCUUGGAAGCGCAUCAAAACCCUCAGGGCCAAGAACGGCUAUGUGAACACCACUGUGAAAUUACAGCUGCAUAAAGUGAAGGCAAGGAUCACUGACAGCACGACAAACCGAACUGGGACAGAUGAGCACAUGAAAACGAAGCUCUACACAGAUGGUGACGUAACGAUCAAGCAGCUCUACCUGUGUAGGGAGCUGAAGGAGCAUAACAAAGAGGAGAUAUCCGUCCCUCCAGUUCCAGGACAAGAAGAGGAGAUGUCUACUGAUUCUGUCAAGCAGAAGGCAGAUCAGUUAGAUCUAGUUCCUGUUCUUACUAUGUGUGGGGUGGUCACUCCAACCUCUAGCUGUCCACCUGAUGAGAAGGUUAGAAGAUAUGAACUGGCCAACCACAAAGUAUCAGUGAACAUAUUCUAUAAUGGAAAGCAUGUGUCUACCUCCGAGCCAUCCAUGUUCGACAACAGUGACUUCAGAGUUCAAAUUCAACAGAUGUUCAACAUGCAGAUUGUACACAGCCCAGAGAACAUUAUGCUUGAGAUUUGUGAGACAGUGAAACAAAAGAGCACUGUUGUGGCCAAAAUGUAUGUGCCCAUACCAGACAGGAACAUGCUCUCUAGCAACGCUACAAUGGAGAGGUCAGAGUUCAGCAGUGACAGAGCCAUCAAGGCCUACUACGCUGGUGUUGGGAGCAAUGUCCCAUUCAAACUAGAGAAGGAGGAUGCUGAGGAGUGCCUCAUGACCUCUGGGAGGCUGCUGUAUGUUGUCUCCUGGGCUGUGGAUGAGAGUGGCUUUCCCAUGGCGCCCACUGCCCCACCACACAGACCCAGCUCAACCAGACCCAUGGCCAGCGGUCCCAAUGCAAGUAGGCUUGAAUGGAUCAGGGACCUUCAGUUUGACCCCAACCACCCUUCUAACACAGAACUCACAGAACUCCUUAGGGAGGCCUGUGAGCAGAGAGACAGAGCCACGGGUCACUUCCGCCUGCAUGCCCUGGAGGAGGAGUUUGACUUCACCACUGAGGAGCAGCUGGAGAAGUCCAGUCGCUUUGGUCUCCUGCAGCUGCGGAGCUCUCAUGCUGUGGACGUCAGCCCCUCCAAACCCAUCCCUCUCCACGACAGAGACAUUACUGAAGCAAUGUUCACUGAUUAUGGUGCAUUCCCAAGUCUGUCCCUUAUGGAUGAAGACCCUAUCACAAUGCAGAGAGCACGCUCUAUACACUACAUCCAAAAGGCGCUGAAUUUGGCAAGAGAAAAACUGUUGAACAUCAAGAGGAAGUACAAGUUCUCUGAUAUAGUCACCGAGUACCACGAGGCAGAUACAGUGAUGGAGUUCAACUGGGACGUGUUCAGACUUAAGCGACCUCUCCAGCCUCAGCGCGUGAAGAGGAAGAUCAUUCCUACCUGCUCCCUCUCAGACGGGGACCUGAGGAUCCAUGUUGCCAUCAACAAUGCCCAGGGCCUGCCUGUUCGCCAGGAGGCUUUCCUCAAGGAGAUCCAGGCAAGAGGCUCCUGCUGUGGUCUGUCGAGCAGCAGCAGACUCAACAUGAAAAGCAGCUCAGAAAAGGCUGUCCUACAGAUCCUUAGGGGGUGAUUAUAGCCACGCGGGCCUUUCCAAAGUACAAGACGACAUUGUCAUCAAUGUGUUUGAUGAGAUGUCCUUUCAAGUCAUUGAGGUAUUGCAAGCCUCAACCAUGAAAGUACAAGCACUAUUCAAAGGCCACUUCAAAUCGCAGGGUGAACUGGAAAUCAACAUUCUGUCUGUCCCAUCGCCAUCCCUCCCUUACUCUCUUUUUUUUCUUUCAUCUUUUAUCUCACCUGUGUGAAACCCAGAGCAGUUCUCUGAGAGGCUGUGGAAGCCAGGUGUUCUCUGGCAGACAGUGGCUGGGCUCGGUCACCUUACCCUUCAGAUCUCUGCUGCAGCAAUCCAAGGUGUAUGAGAAACUGACCAUCUGUACCCCACCGACCCUACUGGGCUACAUGUGGACAGGGGAAGACAUGGUCAAUGACCAGGGCGUAGAGAUACCCGCGAGAAGAGAUACCAGUUUCAUGAAUGUCUUCAUCACAUUGGAUCCAGCCAUCUCUCUGAGUGAUGACCAGACUCCAAAGGCAAAUCAUUUUCAUGUUUAAUACUGUUUCGUUUUAAAGAGGUACUAUGUUCUAAAAACCUCUUUGCCUUCAAGUCAAAACACUUAAACUGUUAUUUGAUUCAGACGUUUGCUGUGGAAGAUAUUGAUCGAUAAGAUAUGGAAUAUGAUUACUCAUUAAUCAGCAUCCAUUCUUUUAAAGUGCUUAUGUUGAAUGUCAUGACUACUGUGAUUGAUAACCAACUGUACAACUGCAUCAGAACACACAUCCAUGGAAAUGUACUAUUUACCCUUUUCAUAUUCAGUAUGGUGACCAAAAGCCCCUUUGGCUGGUGAGUAUCAGUCCAAUUUGUAUUGCUUAGCCUAAAUGAUAAGUCAUCCUUUUCCAUGCACUGCUGCUGCUCCUACAGAAUUCUGUGUUUGUAUCCGUCUCCGCGUAGUUUUCCACAG